AGGACCCGUGUGUCCAACUGAGAGACAAAGCCCUUUUCUAUCUAUAUGUACCUACUGCAUUAUUAGAAUUUUAACAACUAUCUAAAUGCCAGCUGUGAAAAGAAACGCCAUACUGUAUAUUAUUAAACCAUUCGUUUUGUCCUAUUCGAAGACUAUUACGUUUACUGCAACUUAUCUUCUGUACUUUUCUUUGCUUUAUCAGUUACAUACGAGUAUAAUGUGAGUUAAUAUUUGCUCUUAAUUACUUAUUUAUGAUAAGCAUCAAACUAGAGUAAGAUUUCAGUGUCUAUUUCAUAUUAUGAACAAAAAGGUUUGAGACAACACUAAAAUAACCGUCUAUGUGAAAUUAACACAAUGGAGAAUAUUAAAAAAGUUUCGUGCGACAACGUUCAGUACAUAACUGAAGAGGACAUCAAAUUGAUUGUUACCAAAUAUGGGUAUGCAAGCGAAGACACUGCCAUUGAAAAAUACGACGUACACUACGCAAGUGACAAAAUGAUCGGAUUUGUGGCAGACUAUUUGAAAUUACAAAUAUCUGUAACUUCAAACGGUGCACGAAAAUUGUUGAGUUUCUUCGUUAAAGCAAUAUCUAAGACAAAUGAGGCUAAAGCGAACAUGGCUAAGGAUUUUGGGGCCCUUGAAAAGGAAAUAAUAUUUUAUGAUGUUAUCAAAAGGAAUUUAGCAGUACCAGGUUUGAAACCAUGGAGUCCACAUUUUGUAACAUGCCUACAAGACGCUGUGGUUUUCGAAGAUAUGUCGGCUUUACAAUACGAGAUGAGGAGUAGAUAUGCAAAAUUUGAUAAACAACAUACCUUGCAAGCCCUUCAAGCACUGGCCAGAUUCCAUGCUGGCUCUAUCGUCUUUGAGGAAGCAAAAACUAAAGAAUUUCAGCGUCCUUAUACAGUCAAUGAACAAUAUAAGGAAACUUUAGGAAGAGGUGGAUACAUAGAAACCGAUCCUUGGUUCGUUCAAUGCAGAAUCGCUGCCUUAGAAGCCGUAAAAGCCUUCUCAAAGUAUAGAUUAAAUGUAGAUUACAUGGAAGUCAUUGAACGACGCUGGAGUAUCGUUUUUAACUCCGCUUUAUCUUUAGCAGAUCCCUCUUCAGAACACCGUAACGUUAUAUGUCAUAGAGAUUUGUGGAAUAAUAACAUUUUAUUUCAUUACGAGAGAUUAGAAGAUAAUAGUGCUGUGCCUGAUGAUUGCGUAUUUGUGGACUUUGUGGCAGCGCGCUGUAUGCCCCCUGCAGGCGACGUCAUGCAACUUCUUCACUGCAAUUUGAAUCCGCACUUCCGGAAAGACAAUCUGCAUACUUUCUUGAACUACUACUACGAUGAACUCCAAGUUAUACUGGAGAGUAAUUAUAUUGAUAUCCUGGAUAUUAUGAGCAGACAAAAAUUUAUGACUUCAGCCAAAGAACAAAAUCUAUGGGGUCUUGUAACUCACGCUUGUUUAGUGCAAAUAUUUUGGAUGGAUGAUGAUGUGACGACAAACGCUUUUGCGGAGUCCGCACAAUUUCAUAAAAUAAUGUACCAAGACAAAGCGACUUAUAUUAAAAAUAUAAUGCAAAAGGAUGAGGGUUACAAGAAGAUUCUGAUGGAAGUAUUUGAAGAGUUUAUUGAAGACUAUCUUCUAAAUGAAGAUUAACUCAUAAUCAUCGCAUAUGACUAUUAUGCUACUACAUACAUAGGUAUAUUAUUAUGCUAAUACGUAUAUCGACUUCUUCUACGAACUUGUAACUUGUAUCGUAGUAAUAGUUAUUUACGAAAAGUGCGGAAAAGAGGAAAUUCGAAACGCGUGGCGAUAAAUUAAAACACGACCGAAGGGAGUGUUUUAAAUCGACACGAGUUGCGAAUUACCAAUUCGCACGUGUAUCGUAAACGUUUUACAGUACAUAUGGCCCUUUAAACUUUUGACAUACGCACGAAAAUGCUAUUUUACGCACUAGUGCGGGAAAAUAGGACC